CGGCAUUACUGACUGACCGUCGCGGCGGCAGGUUGAGUUCGCGCUUAGGUACAGAAGUCGCAGGGCUGAUAUCGGUCUCUUUACGUAUGUCAGUGUCAAAUUCACGGUAUCCGUGACGGAAAUCUUAGUGCGCUUGAAUAAAGUCGUAUUCUCUUAUGUUUCAAAAUAGAUAACAGCUUACAAACACAUUCAGAAACUAAAUAAAUUGUAAUUUCAGGAGAAACCUAGAGAAAAGAAACAUACAAGAAAGUGUCCUCGUUGUGGAGCUUACAUCCGCAAAGUGAUAUCAGUGUCUUAUCGCGGCCUUAUCAGAGUGACGCCAGUUCGGUUGUGUUCGAUAUGAAAUUGCUAUGUGUUUAAACCGAUUGAGCGCGAGUUUGUUCGAGUCUCACUGAAAGUUGACCAAGUGUGUUAGUCAAGAUGAUGGCCGACGGAUAUAUUAUCGGAGACGGGUCCUGGAACCUGCGGGUCUAUGUGACAGACCUCCAGGUGGAGAGAUGUCUUAGAGUCAAGGGAGAACUGCACAUCGGUGGAGUCAUGCUGCGGCUUGUGGAAGAUCUAGACAUCGCCAUGGACUGGUCGGACCAUGCGCUGUGGUGGCCCGGUCGCAACACUUGGCUGACCAGGACCAGAUCCACCUUGGACCAGUACGGUGUACAGGCUGAUGCAUUACUACACUUCACCCCGAUGCACAAGACAUUGCGGGUGCAACUGCCUGACCUGCGCUACCUCGACUGCAGAGUCGACUUCUCCAUCAAGACAUUCAACUCUGUCAUCAACCUGUGUAAAGAACUUGGCAUUCGUCAUCCAGAAGAAAUGUCAUUUUGCAAGCCUUUGGAGCCCAACCAUCUCAAGUACAACCUGAAGGACAUGCCUCACAAGAAGAAGGAGAUAAAUGGGAAACUUCCUGCUGACACAAACACAUUCAUCGCUAACCAGAGCCCUGCAGGCUCCACCGGGUCCUUGGACAAGAGUGGGACAUUCAUGUGUGCCCCCGUCACCCCCCGCCAUCACACCUCCACCCCCAUCAGCUCUCCCAUGGCUACUUCUGGUGGGACAUGGAAGAGGAACAACAACACAGAGUUUAAUGGCAGUUACUCCCCGGCUCUCAACGGCACCGUGACAUCUAUAGAGAUGCUCAACGGUAGCCUAGACUCAUCCCUGGCCAACAGUCCGACACCUAGCCCGCAGUCUCGCGCAUCCCUACUGCGACCAAAGAGUCUGGUGGAGAAGGCCAGGAUGAACGUUGGGUGGUUAGAUUCAUCAUUAUCAAUUAUGGAACAAGGUGUGAGAGAAUUUGACACUCUGAGACUACGGUUCAAGUUUUAUUCAUUUUAUGACUUGAAUCCCAAAACGGAUGCUGUAAGAAUCAACCAGAUCUACGAACAAGCCAAGUGGAUGCUACUCAACGAUGAGUUAGACUGCACAGAAGAGGAAGCUCUAAUGUUUGCGGCACUCCAGGUGCAAGUGAACCUACAGUCAGGAGUCCCUCAGCCUAACAUGGACAGUAGUUCACUUAUAUCUGCGGCUGAUGAUGAGAUUGAUGCUGCAUUGACAGAUCUUCAGGUAUCUCUUGAAGGAUCUCACAUUUCCAACGUCAAUGACAUUACGCAAGUCCCUGAACUCUACGAUUAUCUGCGUUUCCUGAAACCCAAGAGAUUCACUCUGAAGGCAUUCAAACGGUACUGGUUCACCUGUCGUGACAUGCGGUUGCGACUGUACAAGUCUCGGGAGGAGAGUGGUGCUGGGGUUCCUCCUGUCAUGGAGGUCAACCUACGAGGCUGUGAAGUCACUCCAGAGGUCAACCUCUCACAGGGCAAGUACGCUAUCAAGCUUGAGGUCCCCAGUCCUGAGGGCAUGAGUGAGAUGUGGAUACGAUGUGACUCAGAGAGCCAGUAUGCCAAGUGGAUGGCAGCAUGUAGACUAGCUGCCAAGGGAAGGUCUCUAGCUGAUGCUUCCUAUGAAGCAGAGGUAGCGUCCAUUCAAGCCUUCCUACAGAUGCAACAUCCAGCUCCUACACCAGCCAUCAACCCCGCAUCACUGGACAUCACGCCUGAGGACUACGUCAGCCCGAGAUAUGCCAAGAAACUAAAGGGCAAGCUUGUACAGAGGAUUUUGGAAGCCCAUGCCAAUGUGAAGGACUUGUCACUAGUGGAGGCCAAGAUGAACUAUAUCAAGGCUUGGCAGUCUCUGCCAGACUUUGGCAUCUCUCUGUUUGUCAUCAAGUUCAUGGGACACAAGAAGGAGGAGUUGUUGGGAGUUGCAUUCAACAGACUCAUGAGGAUGGACCUGAGCACAGGCGAUCACAUCAAAACCUGGACUUACAACACAAUGAAGGCAUGGAAUGUUAACUGGGAAGUAAAGCACAUGAUGGUGCAGUUUGAAGAGGGAAACAUCAUAUUUGCUUGUCAUUCAGCAGACUGCAAAGUAAUCCAUGAAUUCAUCGGAGGAUACAUUUUCUUGUCCAUGCGAUCCAAAGAGGCCAAUCAGUCUCUAAACCAAGAGCUUUUCCAUAAACUUACAGGUGGAUGGGUAUAAGAGUGACAGAGGAAUAAUGUUCUUGACAAAUAUUAUUCUUUUCAAUAUUUACAUUUAAAUAAUAAUUUUAAUAUCAUUACCUGAACUAUCCAGUUCAUUAAGAGCUUAAAAACAUAAGUAAAUGUGUAGGGUUUGAUUUAGUAGUAUUGAAAAGCCUUCAAUAGUUGUUGAUAAUGUUAUUAUUGGAUGUUGAGAAAUGGUUAAUCUGAAAUGGUUUUUAUAAUGCUUAUGUUGUGACUGGAAUUACAUUUCUGUAUAAUAUGUUGUACAAGUACAGCUUGGGCACAGGUUUAUUGGAUUUGUAGGGGUUGUUUCAUAGGAUGUCUUUGUACUUUUCAAUCAAGACGUUAAACAAUUAAAAUAAAAUUUUAAAGUUGUUUAUUAGUCUGUCUAGGUUCAAUAAAUGUUAUUCCAGUUAUGACAACACUUUUUUGAUUAAUGAAUGGUGAAUAGAAUGAUGGAAUUGUGUUGUUUAGGUAAACUUGUAAAUGUUGUAAAUUGUGUUUUAUUGUAAAAGGUAUUUGUUAUUGAUAUUUUUAUUUUAUCUUUGAAGAGUUUUAAUAUUUUAAGAUGCUUGUAAAUAAUGAAGAAAGUUACUACUUACCUAGUAACACUAAUUUUAUGAGGAUUUACAGUGUGUGUAAUUUUACACAGUUUAUCAUAUCCGUUUUAGAAUAGCAUGAUUAAAAUUAAUACUGCUUUAACAAUUACUAUGUUUUAAAAGAGUUUGUUUUCAAAGUGUGUAACAAUAUUUGACCAAAUAUAGACUUUACAGUUUAAUAAAUAUUAAAAGUUACUCCAUUCAUUGCUUUAUUUAUGAUAUAUAUAUACAUAUACCUUGCUGUUUAAAUCUCAGUGCCUUAACUAAUUCCAAAAUAUUUUAAUUAUGAUGUUUACUUUGUUUAUGAGGUUAUUUCUGUUCCUCGUCCCCAACUUAGCUAUACUUAGGUUCUCCCUUAUGUCAAUUUUUUGUUAAUUUGUAAAAAUAAAAAUAUUGUUAGUCAUAACCAUAAUUUAGUUAGCAUGUCUGUGUAAUCUAGAAUAGAUGUAAUAUAGCUCUUUGUUUAUGUGAAUAUUUGAAGUUAAAACACAAACGUUUGUCUUCCAACCUACAGAGCAGGCCUUAUAUUACAAAAACUAAUUUGUAGAUAUUUACACAUCAUAACAUAUUUUAUGGUUUUAGAAAUGCAAAUUAUUGCAACAACUAUUAACUUUUUGAAUUUUACUACAUGUGCCUAUAAUUAACUGAAUUAUUUAAUUUAAAAUCUAAAUGCUUUAAGUAUUUUACUGACAGUUUGCAGCUAGGCAUUUUUUGAACAGAAUAGUUGUUUUCCUCUAGUUUUCAUGACAACUCGAUUGUAAAACUUUUGUAAUUUGUAAAACUCGAUGUGAUAAACUACUUUGAUAUGAACCUUACGUCACCAUUGAUUGUGACGUUUAAUGUUUGGAUUUGACACAAUCAAAACCAGUGGCCCAAAAACUAACUGUAUUACUGUAUAAAAUAAGAGAUACAUUUUGAUUGUGUACUAUAUUGUAUAUGUGUAAAUACAUUUAAGAACACAUUUGUUCUUUCGAGUUAAAAAGAAAAGUAACUUAAUGUUGAUUAAAUUUUCAAAUUAAUUUAUUUUCAUGGGAAUUUGUUGCCUGAAGGAUUUAUUACUGUAAUCAAGUUUUAUAUUGUUAAAAUUAAUAAAUAGUUACUAAUGUGUA